UAGAUCAUAAGAUGAUUGGAGUUGAUUGAUGAUUGGAAUUUAAAAAGGUUUCUUAAUAUUUGAGAGGAAAUUAUGUGAAACAUACAGUUCAAAAGAAGUGUUUUUAUAUGUGCUAUGUAAAUAAAAUAAAAUUGACUGAAAAGCAAAAGCACAAAUGAAUAAUAUUGGUUGCUUGUUGAUAUUCGAGAUGCUAUCGUCACCAAUCAUCUCUUUUCAGUCUUGAUAAUUUCCUGUUUUGACUUUAUUUUACUUGAACUCAACAUUAGACUAAGAUAAAGCCCAAUCCUAUUUUAUAAAACUCUAAUUUAUUUUACAAUAUUGCCUGAGAAUUAUGGGAUGGCGUUCAGCCACUCACUUUAUUUGUGAAUAGACGCUGCUCACCUCUGAACAGCUCCCCUUGUGCCAUUGAAUUAGACAGCUAUAGGUUGCACGUUUUUUUUUUUUUUUCGAUGGUGGCUUAUCUCAGUCAGUGAGUGGCUGCACGCCUCAGCGUGGCUCUGCCUCCCUCCUCCUUCCUCCCUGGUCUGCAGCUGCAGACGUGCUGUCGCUCUUUCCACUUUCACCCGCUUUCUGUUUUGCGGAGCUGUGCUGCUGCUGACCCUGGAUUUAUGUGGCAGCCCUCCAUUUGAUUAAGGAUGACUGCCAGAAUUUGUUUCAGAUUUCCCGUCAUGUUGUUCCUGCUUUAUCUUCUGUCAGGAGGCACAUGUUCAGAAGCAGAGCACAAGCUUUUCUCUGUCAUAUUCUCCAACUACAAUCAGUACAUCCGACCGGUGGAGAAUGUGUCUGACCCGGUCAUCGUGCAGUUCGAAGUUUCCAUGUCACAGCUGGUUAAAGUGGAUGAAGUCAAUCAGAUCAUGGAGACCAAUCUGUGGCUGAGACAUAUUUGGAAUGACUAUAAGCUCAAAUGGAACCCAAAAGAAUUUGGAGGUGUGGAGUUCAUUCGGGUACCGUCCAACAGGAUAUGGAAGCCUGACAUUGUUCUGUAUAACAAUGCAGUGGGAGAUUUCCAGGUUGAUGACAAAACCAAGGCUCUGCUCCGCUUCAAUGGCGAUGUUACUUGGAUCCCUCCUGCCAUAUUCAAGAGCUCCUGCAAGAUCGACGUCACAUACUUCCCCUUCGACUACCAAAACUGCACCAUGAAGUUUGGCUCCUGGACCUACGACAAGGCCAAGAUAGACCUGGUGUUGAUUGGCUCAACCAUCAACCUCAAAGACUUCUGGGAGAGUGGCGAGUGGACUAUUAUUGACGCGCCAGGUUACAAGCAUGACAUUAAGUACAACUGUUGUGAGGAGAUCUACACAGAUAUCACAUAUUCCCUCUACAUCCGCCGCCUGCCUCUUUUCUACACCAUCAACAUGAUCAUCCCCUGCCUCCUCAUUUCCUUCCUGACGGUGCUGGUCUUCUACCUGCCGUCCGACUGUGGGGAAAAAGUCACGCUUUGCAUCUCCGUCUUGCUGUCUUUGACCGUGUUCCUCCUCGUCAUUACAGAAACAAUCCCCUCUACCUCACUGGUCAUACCAUUGAUAGGAGAAUACCUCCUCUUCACUAUGAUUUUUGUCACCCUCUCUAUUGUCAUCACUGUUUUUGUUCUAAACGUCCACUACCGCACGCCAAAGACACACACCAUGCCCUGCUGGGUGCGGCGAGUCUUCCUUGGACUGCUGCCUCGAGUGAUGUUCAUGACCAGGCCGGAGAGAGAUCCAGAAAAGGUGGCAGUGGGCAGCAGUGUUCAAACGGUGCAUUUGAGACCCUGCACCGUGCAUUCGUCCGGUACUCUGCAAAAGCACAAAGCUCGGGCUCCGGGAUCCAGUAUGAUGUCGAGCCUUACGAACCGUCAGCGGAUACUGAACAACACAGAGCUCUCAAACCUCAAUAAUAGGAGUGGAGACUCGAACAGAUGUGCAAGCUCAGGGUUCCCGGGCAGCGGAGAGCGCUGCAACUGCUGCUGGCAGAAGAGAUCUGGCAAACUGCCUUACGACUCUGAAGGAGGGAGUGGGGGACUGGGCUGCCUGGGAGCGCUUAGUGGAGGCGGUGCUAUGGGGAUUGGAGGAGAGACACAGUUCAGCAGCUCUGAGUCUCUAGAUGGAAGAAUCAUGUCCCUUCUGCCACUCUCCCCUGAGAUCAGGGAGGCCAUCGAAAGUGUAAAGUACAUUGCAGAGAAUAUGAGGCUGCAGAAUGAUGCAAAGGAGGUUCAGGAUGAUUGGAAGUAUGUCGCCAUGGUUAUUGACCGGAUCUUCCUGUGGGUUUUUGUUCUUGUGUGCAUCCUGGGAACAGCUGGCCUCUUCCUGCAGCCUCUUCUACUCUGGGACGAUAUUUGAUUCAGUUCCAUCAAACUAACAUUAUAAACUGUUCAAAUACACACACUACCUGUUCAAUAAAAGAAACUGUUCAUGGAAAAAGGGGAAAAUGGUUGUCCCAUGGUAAUUCUUUUUUAUUUUUCUAUUGCUGGUUGGGUUGCUGGAAUUGUUUGAUUCCUUCUGGAGGCAGAAAGAUGGCUGAAAGACUCUGGUGCAUUACCAAGAGAGUCAUUGUGUGCAAUGGCUUCACAUUUUCGGUCCCCUUCAAUGUUUUCAGUAAUACUUCAUUUUUGUAAACGUGUGUGCACUGCCAGCAACUAAAAACCACGACCAGCCAUGCGGACAGUUGACGCUCUGGCCUCUGGCUGUUUUCUGUUCAAAUUUCUUCUGUGUUGUAAUAUAAUGUUUACCACCACAUCUUCUGGAGCAUCAAAUGUAUGUACUUUUUGGGUGGAUGAAGUAAUUAUCACCGUACUACGGUGGCCCAGAAGGGUCACAACACAA